ACAACAACAAACAACAAAAUGUCAUUUGAUUUGAAUUCAUUUGGUAAAGAUCACACGGAAGUUUCCAUAAGCGCUAAUCAAAGUGUGCUAUCGUAUCAGCCAGUGCUGCCACAAGUAGGCGUGGCCCUGCCCAUACAAGACACCGAUGCUGCCACAUUGUUGCCCGCAACGCUGCUGUCACCGCAACAGCAGCAACUGCAGCAGCAGCAACAGCAGCAGCAGCAGCAGCAGCUACAGCAGCAACAUCAACAAAAGCUCGCCGCAGCCGAGAACAACAAUGAGCUGGCCACGCCCCCGCCCAUAACGCGAAAUAGCACGUUGCAUGCCACAGUACCGAAAUCGCCGCCGCGCUGGCCAUUGCGGCCAGGUGUCAUGUUGCACGUGAGCAGCGACACCAAAGAGAAUCUAGCCGUGAAUCGCAUGACACUGAAACCGAAUCCGAAUCAGAAUCCGAACUCGCUGCCAAAUCCCGCUGCGAAUGCGAGUCAAUUGUCGGCCCAGCUGAGUGCCGUGCUGAACGAUAGCCAGACUAACUCAAAUAGCACAAUGCUAACCGAGGUGUCGGUGUCGGUGAUGGAGCCACCACCAGCAGCAGCAGCAGCAGCAACAUCUAUUGUACAGCCUAGUCAGAUGAACACUAAUUCCACUGACAUUGCCUUGCCAUCGACAGAUGCAGCUGAGCCGCACCCAGAGCUUGCAGCCUGCCUAGAGAAUUCCAACGCAGCAGCAGCAGUUGCUGCUCCCAGUCAUAUGCAACGCAUUUGGAAGUUUGUUUUCAAGCGCGCCAAGCGAGGCGGAAAUUCGGACGAUGGCACCCGGGAUAGCCAGCGCAGUCACGUGGGUCUGUUGCACACAUUUUGGCGUGGGCGUGGCAAUCAGGAAUCACCAUUCGCAGCUCAGCAUCGCCUUAAGGGCAUACGCUCCAGCGGCAGUGUCACCUACAAAAAGACGCCCACAGCAACAGCAACUAAUUCAACAACAUCAACAACAACAACAACAACAACUGCAGCUGCAACAACGACAACCACAACGGCAACGACAACAAACAAUUCCAGCAGUGUCCAAUCACAUGCCUCUGUGACAUUUCAAGCGCCUUCAUUAGACAAGACGUCGCCAGCAGACACCACAGCAACAGCAACAUCAACGACAGCAACAGCAACAGCAACAAUAGCCCACGCUGGGCUUGGUGUGAGCUGCUUGGCGCAACCGCAGCGCCACGGCAUAUUGAAGUCCCCCAGAUCAACGCCACCACCACGCCCACCGCCGCCCAUAUUGCCAGUGCGCCCUGGCCCUGGACAACAGCAACAGCAGCAGCAGCAACAGCAGCAACAGCAGCAACAGCAGCAGCAGCAGCUGUUCAGCGGCGGCAAUUGCCCGCCCCUGCUGAAACGCACAGUUGUGGUUUCCCCCAGCAAAGUCGAACGCGUCCAAAUACACGACAAGUCGUCUUCACUGGGGGAUCCAUUGACGGAACCUGGCGAGUAUGAGAAUCUACCGUUUCAUGGUCUGCAAACGGCACCUAACAAGUUCUCUACUACCCCUACAAAUUUUAAUAACAACACAAAUGUGGUGCGCGUCGCUCCACGACCCAAGAGACUAAAUGGAAAUAUUGGUCAAGCGAUGCACAGCCAGCAGCUGCUGCAUCACCAGACUCUACAGCAUCCGCAUCCUCAACAGCAGCAGCCACCCUACUACGACCAGCAGCAACAUCAACAGCACCAGCACCAGCAGCAGCAACAUCAGCAGCAACAGCAACAGUACAACACUUUGCAGUACGGGCGUGGUUGCACAGCCCCGCCCCCUCUUACAGCUCCACAUAAUCGCAGCAUGGACCAGCUCGAGUCCAGCUCCGAUCAGAUACAAUAUAAUCUAAGCAAUUGCUUUCCCAAAAGCUACACCGAGUACUACCAGCAACAUCAUCAGCAGCAGCAGCAGCAGCAAUCACAGCAGCAGCAGCAGCAACAGCAGCAACAUCAGCAGCAACCCUCGCAGCAACAGUCGCAAAAGUUUCACACAAACUCCGCAUCGAAUGCCCAACUGCUGAAUGCCAUCGAGCAUGACUAUCAGCCCACCUAUGCGGUGGUUGAGCGUGUGCCACCGCCACCGCCGGCGCCCAGCUCAGCGCUGCUCAACACCAAUCCCUUCCUCGCCGCCAGCAACUUUAAGAAAUACGAUGCGGCCGGGGACGAGCUGCUGGGCAGCAUGCAGCGCAGCAAGCGCGGCAAGGUGGGCAGCCUGCUGGAUCGCAUCGAUGUGGACAAGAAAUUCUACUCACUGAAGUUUCCCAAUGGCGGCAACAAGCUGAAGAAGCCCGCCUACAAUCUGAACAGCUCGCUGGGCGUGGCAGCGACUGCGACAGCGCAACAGCCGAAAUGCAAGCGGCAUCAUUCCUUUGCUGGUGGUAGCCAUGGCGAUAUUGAAUCCAACGGCAAGCCCAUGCGCCUCUAUGAUCCGCCCGUCUACGAGAAUGUGGCGGACAAGUGCGGCAACGAGCUAGACCUGGAUCUAGAUCUCGAUGUGGGCGGCGACGGCAGCAGCAGCAGCAUGCCGGCUGGCCAUCACACACUCCACAUGAAUCACCAUAGUCUUAAGCACAAUCUCAAUCUGGCCACGGUCCAGCUGCACUCGCAGCCGGCUGCUGUCGUCUCGGCGAGCCACAAGAAGAAACAUCACCAUCGCCAGCACCAGCAAAAGGCUGAUGCAUCCGGCGCCGGUGCUGCUGAUUUCCAGCUGAUGGAGCCCGAACGCCUCAGCAUCUAUCGCAGCGAUUCGGGCAUAUCGAACAGCUCCUAUGAGUCGCAGCUGCCGGCGCUGGGCCAGCGCACGCCCAAGCCGCACAAAGCGUCCGCAGCGGGCCUCAAUCUCACACGCAAGCCGCUCUACAUGAAUGUGGAGGGCCAGCAGCAGCAACACCAGCAGCAGCAGCAGCAAUUGGCACGUGCCGGCUCACCAGCCCAUAUUAAUUCGUCCUAUGAAUCGGCCUCGUCGGCGCCCGUCACAGAUCCCACCUCGCUCAGCUCAUCCAAUUCGCUUUAUAGCAGCGGCAUUGGCACCGUCAGCUCGCGCUGCAAUCGCCAUCCACAGCAACAGCAGCAACAGCAGCAACAGCAGCAGCAUCAUCAGAGGCAGCCAACGCCGGAAAUCACAACACCCGAGGAUUACGAACAAUAUCAGCUGGGCCAUCAGCCAGCACAUUCCGCUUCCAUGCUGUCCGUUGCCAGCAGCCUAAGUGCCGCCAGUCGUGGCAAGUGCAAGCCCCCCAGCACACCAGCAGCAGCAGCAGCAGCAUCAACUACAGCAGCAGCAACAAUGCAACAGCUGCCACAUCGCGUAGGUCCACAUGAGCAAACGCAAUUGUUGGCCACUAAUCCAUUUUUAGCACUUAAACGGCAAUGCAACAACAACAAUGCCAGCAGCAACAGCAAAGCCAACAGCAGCGUCUGCAGUAAGAAAUUACGACGACAGACCAUCAGUGACCCCUACGCACAUAUCAAACGGCAUUAUGCCGAUGUCGAUGCCGCUGCCUCUGCUGCCAGCAACAGCAACAACAACAACAACGCCACUGAAGCCGACAGUCAUUGCACGGCAGCAACAUCGUUCACAGCAGCAGCAGCAGCAGCAGCAUCAGAGGUCGAACAACAAAUUAACAACAACAACAACAACAGCAUCAACAAUGGGCCUGGGCCUGGGCAGCGGUGUGGGCGUGGCAAUCAUCAACAACAAAUGCUAAUGCCAAAUGAAUUGCUGCUGCAGGCAAGUCAAUUAACUGCCGUCGACUGCAAUCACAAUUUAAGAUAUGUGCCGCCCCUGCCCACUGCCCCGCCCCCCAUACAGGCAGCGGCCGGCGCCUACGACUGUCUAGUGGUGCGUCGCCCGAUGCGUUUGCCUCUGCGCAAACAUCACACCUUCCACUUCCAGACAACAGAGACGGCCAACGGCAAGCUGCAACAGUUGCGACGCCAGCUGCAGCAGCAGCAGCUGGAGCGGGCGCAGGGGCCACUCAUCUUUCGUCCAUUGGCGCUGAGCGAACGACAUGCCUUUAAGCCAAUUUCGCCGACACCUGCGACAACAGCAGCAGCAGCAUCAGCAGCAUCAGCAUCGCCCGCACAGCAGCAACAGUUGCAGCAGGAGCAACAGCAGCCAGCAGCAGCGAUGGGUCAACUAAAUCCUGCUGCCUCAUUAGAGGCAUUAGAGGUGUUAACUAAAACGCAUCCGGACUUUAUGUUUGCGCGCACCAAGCCGCAGCACGAGCAAAUUGCUGCAACAGCAACAACAGCAGCAACACCAACAGCAGCAGCAGCCGAUGCUGCUGAAGAGGAAGAUGAGGAUUUGGGCUAUUCUUUUUGUGAAGAGGAGUAUAUGGUGGAUGAUGAGGAGCCUGCACAUGAUAAUGAUGAUGAUGAUGAUGAUGAGGAUGAGGAUGAAGCUGCUGCUGCGGCCUCACAUAAUCUUAGAGCGCCGCCCACAACGCCCGCCCACAGUGCAGCUGUGGCAAAUGCAACAGCCGGCGCCCUGAAAUACUUUAUGACCCAAAGCUAUCGCGAGGUGCACAUUCACUACGGACCCAUCAACUAUAAGGCCGCCUCGCUCUAUGCCCAGGUCAAGAAGAACAAGAAAACGGGAGCUCUGGAAGAGCUGAAGCAAUAGAAAAUAUUUCAAAUAUUUUUGUUUGCAGUGCAUUUUAGACAAUUUUAAUUUUAACUUUUAAUUUAUUGUUGUUAAUUUAUUAUGAUUGAUUAUUAAUGCUUUUGUGCUUCAAGAGAAAAACUUACAAAUCUAAAAGUGUUUAAAGCAAAUGAAUAACGAAUUUCUUAACUUUAUGAAAAACGAUAUUAAUUGUUAAAAAAAAAAUUAAUUAAAAAAUAUACAAAAAAAAAAUACAAAAAUUGUACUUAUAUAAAUAUAACUACAUUUGUAUAUUAUAAGUCGCGCACCAAAUUAACUAGCAAAACACAUCUACAUAAUGAAAAGGUCCCCCAUUAAUAUUGAGAGAAAA